AUGUAUCUCUUCUCCGCCGCCUGCGAGAACUUCGACCUGGUCAUCAACACGCACCAACCGCCACCCGACCUUGUCUACGUUGUACCCAAAAUCAAUGUGAACGGCGCCCAACUGCAAGUAGUGGACAACUUCACGUAUCUGGGCAGCACCCUCUCCCGCAGCACAAAAAUCGACGAUGAAUUAGCCCGCCGAUUUUCCAAGUCUAGUCAAGUCUUCGGUCGUCUUCAAAACAAAGUUUGGAAUCGUCACGGUCUUCAACUCAGCACGAAACUGAAGAUGUAUAAAGCGAUUACCCUACCGACGUUGCAGUAUGUAGCAGAGACUUGA